CCAAGCAGGAGAGAGUGGCAGUGAAUGUGUCUGCGGCAGCUUUUAGCGUUAAAAAACACAAACUACGGCCGAAGAACAGAGGACCGAACCCCGCUGCAAUUAGAGACGACCUCGGAAGACCAUGGACUAUGAUAAAUUCUAAAAAGAGACUGGUAACUGUGGGCUGUUUUGACGACAAGCGGUUUAUUGAACAUCUGUAGAGCAUAAUGAGGGCAUCCGCUAUUCUUUACGGUGGUUUUUCCUCUGAGGUUUAGUUAGACGCUGAGUGACACUAUUUAUAAAUGCGUCGCUUUUAGACAUCCACUCAAGGAAUAGACACACCGAGGGGAUAGAGCCUGCAGAAAUUUAGUUAAUUCCCUCCUCCCAUGGCCCCUGGGGAACAGUGAAGUCAUUUGAGAAGUCACCGGAGAAGAAGACACGUCUUAACCAUCCUGAUAGUUUAACAGUUUUGCGCGAGAAAAAAAAUCUACAUUCCCCUUCCAUCGGCUCGCCGGCACACCUCUGCUUUUUCAUCAUUUUUUUCAGUUAAUCUUACAUGGUUUAAGCUUCCUGAGAAUUCAUCGCCGACCCUGCUGUGGGCAUUUUCCCCGUUAAAGGAUGCCGGAUCAAAUAUCCGUGUCCGAGUUCCUCUCGGAGACAACAGAGGAUUACAAUUCCCCGACAACAUCCAGCUUCACCACCCGACUGCAGAGCUGCAGGAACACCGUGAAUGUGCUGGAGGAGGCGUUGGACCAGGAUCGAACAUCUCUGCAGAAGGUGAAGAAAUCAGUGAAGGCCAUCUACAAUUCAGGACAAGACCACGUCCAGAAUGAAGAGAACUACACUCAGGCUCUGGAUAAAUUUGGCAGCAACUUCAUCAGCCGGGAAAACCCCGACCUGGGUACGGCUUUUGUCAAGUUCUCCUCCCUCACCAAGGAGCUGUCUGCCCUGCUGAAGAACCUGCUCCAGAGCCUCAGCCACAAUGUCAUCUUCACUCUGGACUCGCUGCUGAAGGGCGAUCUGAAAGGCGUGAAAGGGGACAUUAAGAAGCCCUUCGACAAGGCAUGGAAAGACUACGAGGCCAAGUUUACAAAGAUCGAGAAGGAGAAGAGAGAGCACGCCAAGCAACACGGCAUGAUCCGCACUGAGAUCACCGGGGCUGAGAUCGCCGAGGAGAUGGAGAAGGAGCGGCGUCUCUUCCAGCUGCAGAUGUGCGAGUACCUGAUCAAAGUAAAUGAGAUCAAGACCAAGAAAGGAGUGGACCUCCUCCAGAACCUGAUUAAGUAUUACCACGCUCAGUGCAAUUUCUUCCAAGAUGGCUUGAAGACAGCGGAUAAGCUGAAGCAGUAUAUUGAGAAGCUGGCAGCUGAUCUCUAUAAUAUCAAACAAACUCAGGAUGAGGAGAAGAAGCAGCUGACUGCCCUGCGCGACCUGAUCAAGUCCUCCCUCCAGCUGGACCAGAAGGAGUCUAGAAGAGACUCGCAGAGUAAGCAGGGUGGCUACAGCAUGCACCAGCUGCAGGGGAACAAGGAGUUUGGCAGUGAGAAGAAAGGCUACCUGCUGAAGAAGAGUGAUGGACUGAGGAAGGUUUGGCAGAGGAGGCAGUGCUCAGUGAAGGGGGGCAUGCUCACCAUCUCUCAUGCCACAUCCAACAGGCAGCCGGUCAAACUGAACCUCCUCACCUGCCAGGUCAAGCCGAGCACCGAGGACAGGAAGUGCUUUGAUCUCAUUUCUCAUAACCGGACAUAUCAUUUCCAAGCUGAGGAUGAACAAGAGUUUGUCAUCUGGAUCUCGGUGCUGACCAACAGUAAGGAGGAGGCCCUGAACAUGGCGUUUCGUGGCGAGCAGAGCAGCGGCGGCGAGGACGGUUUGGAGGAUCUGACUAAAGCCAUCAUAGAGGACGUGCUGCGCAUGCCAGGCAACGAAGUGUGCUGUGACUGCGGAGCUGCAGAUCCUAAAUGGCUUUCCACCAACCUGGGGAUCCUGACUUGCAUCGAGUGUUCUGGCAUCCACCGAGAGAUGGGGGUCCACAUCUCCCGCAUCCAGUCCAUGGAGCUGGACAAGUUAGGAACCUCAGAACUCUUGCUGGCCAAGAAUGUAGGCAACAGUAGUUUCAAUGAGAUCAUGGAGGGGAACCUCACUACGCCCUCACCAAAGCCCACUCCAUCCAGUGACAUGACGGUGAGGAAGGAGUUUAUCUACGCUAAAUAUGUGGACCACAAGUAUGCGAGGAAGACGUGCACAUCUGUGUCCGCUAAAAUGAUCGACCUGUUUGAGGCGGUUCAGUCCAGGGAUCUGCUGUCCCUCAUCCAGGUCUACGCAGAGGGGGUGGAGCUGAUGGAGCCGCUGCCCGAGGUCGGAGCGGAAUCCGGAGAGACAGCACUGCACUACUCUGUACGGACUGCUGACCAGACCUCCCUGCACUUGGUGGACUUCCUUGUGCAGAACAGUGGUAACGUGGAUAAGCAGACGGAGUGGGGCAACACCGCCCUGCAUUACUGCAGCAUGUACGAGAAGCCCGAGUGCCUCAAGUUACUCCUGAGGGGCAAGCCAGCGACUGAUAUCACCAAUCAGAACGGAGAGACGGCGCUGGAUGUUGCCAGGCGACUGAGGAACACUCAGUGCGAGGAGGCACUGGUGCAGGCUGCAGAGGGGAAGUUCAACCCUCACAUCCAUGUGGAGUACGAGUGGAGCCUCAGACUGGAGGAGAUGGACGAGAGCGAUGACGACCUCGAUGAUAAGCCCAGUCCCAUCAAGAAGGACCGCUCCCCGAGGCCUCAGAGCUUCUGCCACUCCUCCAGCCUCUCUCCCCACGACAAGCUGUCCCUGCCGGGCUUCAUCAGCCAGAGGGACAAGCAGCAGCGCCUGUCCUACAGCGCCUUCACCAACCAGAUGUACAGCGCCUCCACCGAUCUCACCUCCUCCCCCGUGGCCGACGGGCCGCCGCUGCCCCCCAGGAACCAGGGCAAAGCUCCUCCCCCAUCUGGCCCUCCCUCUACACUCACACCAGGAGCCAGCUCCACCCUGUCCAAGAAGAGACCUCCGCCCCCACCUCCUGGACACAAACGCACCCUGUCUGACCCACCCAGCCCGCUCUCUCACAGUCCACACAGUAAAGGGGGCUUGACUGGGGGAAGCGACUCCACCCCUCCUCCUGUCAGCAAGAUGUCUCCGGUCUCUAACAAGUUUGAAGGAAUUCCUCAGCAGCAAAGCACUACUUCGAUCAACACAAAGUCUACACUUGGUCCAAGGGUUCUUCCCAAACUACCUCAGAAAGUGGCAUUGCGGAAGAUUGACACCAUCCACCACCCGUCGAUGGAUAAGCCCAGUCUCCCUCCAGAGGUCUUCCAGAAGUCCCCCCAGGCAGCCGACCCCCCCCAGAAGGCUCCUCUGGCGGACCGGCCUCAGCUGGCAGACCUGCCCCCCAAACCCCAGCCGUCUGACCUCCCUCCUAAACCCGGAGAACUUCCUCCCAAGCCUCAGCUCUCAGACCUCCCUCCUAAACCUCAGCUGGGAGACCUCCCCCCCAAACCCCAGCUCAAAGACCUGCCUCCGAAGCCGCAGCUCUCCGACAUCCCCCCCAAACCCGGGACCGCCGAGCCCACCCCCAGGCAGCCGCACGGAGACACUCUGCAGAGGCCUCAAACGCAACCUCCACCUCCCCCUCAACCCCAGCCCCAGCCCCAGCCCCAGCCCCAGUCCCAGCCCCAGUCCCAGCCCCUGCCUCAAGACUCACCGUCCCCUAAUCAGCAAGCACCUGUUGGGACGCCCCCCCAACCAGCUGCUGAAAACACCAACGGGACCCCCACAGGGACCGCAGAGACACCCGUGCCCCUCCCCAGGAAGAUCAACACGGGGAAAAGCAAAUCCCGCCGGGUGAAGACGAUCUAUGACUGCCAAGCUGACAAUGAUGACGAACUGACAUUUGCUGAAGGAGAGGUGAUUAUAGUAACAGGAGAGGAGGACCAGGAGUGGUGGAUCGGGCACAUUGAAGGGGAGCCGGACAGAAAGGGUGUGUUCCCCAUGUCUUUUGUGCACAUCCUGAGUGACUGACAGUCAGAGAGACUUGCACUACACCUCUCCCUACAUUGAGAGGUCCUGUACAUAGCGAUUAUAACACCUCUUGUCCAAUGACAAGUGUCCUAAAGAAGAAAAAAAAAAACAAGAAACCAAGAAGGCUCAUCUAGCCAUGGAUAUCUCCUCCAUGCUGUACAAAGAAUGUGUGUAUUCUUCCUUUACCAGUAUUAUCUUAACCCUAUAGCACGGCUGUGAAGAAGCCACUCUCAAAACCCUAGCACUUACCUAAAGUCUAUGUUUAUGCUGUUACUGUGUAUAUAUGUAUGUAAAUAUAUAUAUUUGUGUGUGAGUGUAUAUACAUGUUUUAUUGUACAAAACAUGUACCAUUGCUCUCUCUACCUGUCAGAUUUAAACAUCAGGGCGGUAGACUUUGAAUUUUAUCCGUAUUGAUUUUACUGGCCCUCAAGUAAUUAUCAGCUUAUAUUUCUGGACAAAUAAGAAAAGGAAUGUGAAAUAGGUCAUGUCACUCUGUCUUGCAUCCCUGUUUACCACCAUAGUUGACUGAAGAGGCUGCAGUCUCCCACUGAUCUUGCCCCCAAAUGAAAACAUUAAUGUACUCCUUGUUCUUGCUUGCUUUGUGUACACGUAUUAUGGUUGUUUUACAGUAUAGAAACCUGCUGCUACUGUGUGGUGGAAUAUCAAAGCCUGUGAUUCACUGUAGGUCACUAAUUUACUCCUUGUUACACUGUUCACUGUAUGUAUGCUCUGUGCAUAAACUCAGCGCCAUCUCCACAGUCCCUUGACUUUCUGUGCAUGGUGUAACAAUGACUGGAAUUGAGUGCUGCAUUCAAAGAUGCUCACCUCGGGGUUUGAAGAGCCACUAUUAAGCAGGACUACACAAAAAAAAAAAAUGUAUCCUGUGUUUAAAAGCCACUAUUAACAAGUAUGGGAAACUCAAGACAUCUUAGCAAUAACUUGAUUUUCUGACACCAACCGUUGUUCACAAUUCAGUGUCUUGUAAAAAACCUCAUGAGCUUGAAAUGUUUAAGUUUGAUCAUGUAAUAUCAUUCCAUGUUACUGGAUCCAGUACAUUUCCAGGUUUGCCUGUGAACCAGAGAUGUCUUUAAGAAGCACAGUGGAAUGAGCAAAAGGCUGGAGAGCCGAUGUAUUUUCACCCAGUCCUCACUGACUUGCAGUUUCCCUCCCCCAUGUUAAGGAAUAAACCCAUCAACCCAUUGUAUCAAAUAAAGUGCUGUACUGAAACUCUG